CUACCUGUAGUGCUCUGUGAGCUGCAACUAUUUUCUUUAAUGAUUGAUGUAUAAAUAACACAAGUAUAUAAAACAUAUUCUUCAUGUAAUGAUAAAUAAGUGGAACCCUUUACACUAUAAUUAACUGUGUUUUUGCAAAUUAGAAAAACAACUGGAAGUGAAGUGUUUAAAAGUUUUUUAAAGGUUCAUCUCUGUUUUUCUCUGCUUAGGAGCAAGAGUAAGAGAGAGUAUGGUAUCCUUUUUCUUAGAAAUUUUAGGUACGGAAGAAGAGAGGUUUAGCUAUUUUAGUAAAGCAAUAUUAAGAGACAGUUGAGAGGGAGAAGAAGAACAAGAACAAGAACAAGAAGAAGAGCAAAAACAAGUAUAGAAGCAGGCAUGGUGUUCAAGGAUCUUUAUUGGUUCUUCUAUAAAACAGCUUUUUCUGCAAACUGAGAAGGAAAUUUUUACUUUGGCCUUUAUUAUAUAGAUUCAAGAUGGAUUUUUCAGAGCAUACAAGAGUUGUCUUUAAUAAAAUCAAGAAAAUAGAACCGGAGAAUGUAACAAAGAUUAUUGGAUAUCUUUUAUUACAAGAUGGAAGUGACCAAGAAAUGAUUAAUCUCGCCAUGAGUCCUGAUGUGGUGAUUCAAGAUGUGAUUUACAAGGCUAAAGCAGAACUGAAUCAAUUAGCUCUUAAAUCAGCUGCCACUCCACUCUCACCAUCAAUGAAUUCACCGCCUGCAGUUUCAGAGUUUUCCUCACAGUUCAGAGCCUUCUCACCUGUUUCAUCUAGGUCUUAUUUGUCCCCGCAACAUUUUCGGGUUCCAUCCACCUACUGGGAAUCUCAGGUUGCAUCUAAGCAUAGUUCAGAUUUUGUGCCAAUGACUUAUCAAGAUUCUAUGACUGAACUCCAAAAUCAAGCUCAAUUCUUGAGUUUAGAGGAUCAAUUAGAGUCCGUCAAUUUGGGAAAUGCAGGAUUUCCAAGUGAUCUUUUCUAUUCGGAUGCUGCAUUGGGUAGUUUUCGUGCUAGAGCAGGUCGGCGGUAUUCAAGCCUAAAUGAAAACUCAAUGAAGAUUUGUCACUAUUUCAAUAAGGGUUAUUGUAAGCAUGGAAGUAACUGUAGGUACUUUCAUGGACAAAUUUCGGAUAGCUUCCCUCGAACAUUUGAUGCUAUCAAUGAGGAUCAAAUUUUCUCACCAGGAUCACUUGAAAAGUUAGAGUUGGAAAUUAUUGAGCUCUUAAAAUCAAGAAAAGGAAAUCCUGUUUCAAUUGCUUCUCUGCCAAUGCUAUAUUACGAGAAAUAUGGAAAAGUUCUUCAAGCUGAUGGUUACCUCACAGAGAGCCAGAGACAUGGCAAAGCUGGUUACAGUUUGACUAAGCUUCUCGCUAGAUUGAAAAACAGUAUUCGGCUGAUCGACAGCAGACCUCAUGGUCAGCAUGCAGUAAUCUUGGCAGAAGAUGUUCCAAAGUACAUGGAGAAUCGCGGUGAUAGAAAUGACCCUGGUCCAAUCGUUAGUGGAUCGCGACAGAUAUAUCUAACAUUUCCAGCUGAAAGCACUUUCACAGAAGAUGAUGUAUCCAAUUACUUCAACAAAUUUGGACCAGUUGAGGAUGUAAGAAUUCCCUGCCAGCAGAAACGUAUGUUUGGCUUUGUUACCUUUGAAAGUGCAGACACUGUGAAGAUAAUUUUAGCUAAAGGAAAUCCUCAUUUUGUUUGCAAUGCUCGGGUACUUGUGAAACCUUAUAGGGAAAAAUCAAAGCUUAUUGACAGGAAGUUUCAGGAGAGGAUUGAGCCGUCAAUGUAUUUCUCUUCUCACUAUGUAGAUAUGGAUGCUGAGCUUCAUUCAAUGUCAAGAGGAUAUGAGACCUCAAGGCUGCUGAGGAAGCAGCUUUUGGAAGAGCAGGAGCAGGCUCUUGAACUUGAGAGGAGGCAGCGUCUGGCAGAGCUGCGAAUUCGGAAGCCUGUGUCCCAUCACUCCUAUUUUGACUACCCUAUGGAUGGGUUUAAAGUAUCAGAAGAUAAUUUCGAAUUGCCAUAUCAUGUGCUUGAUUUCAUCAAUGGCUCAGGAAAUGAUGAUAAGAUCAGGCAUAUAGAGACAAAUUAUGCAGAUCAGGAUAGUCAAGGACUGAACUUACCGGAGAGCCCAUUUGCAUCUGCAAUACCUAGCAGCAUUUCUACAAUCAUAUAGGUUCAGCAACACAGAAGAAUUAUAGAGUUACCAGAACAAAGGCGAGAACAUCUUUGGUUUGAUACACAACAGUUUCCUUUUUUUUUUUUUUUUUCCUUCCUUCCAUUUUCCCUUAAACCUGUUCAGCAAGGUUUACUGCAAGAACCUGUUAACGUGGGUCAAAAGGAAGUAGCAAAGCAGAAUAUGAUACACAGAAGUACACUUGUAAGAGUGCUACAGUUUUUUCUAAUGUUACAGAAACAAGGCAAGAAGAAGGUUCGGAAGUCUAGUAGCUCAUGUAAUUAGUCUUAGUGGAAAACAGGAAUUAGAACAUAUGUGUAGUGUUUACAGAAGGUGAUGUUUAAAAUCUCUGCAGCACUCACUAAUAGAUGAAAUAACUUCUACAGAAGUACUAGUAAUUGGCCUAUACCAGUUUAGCUACAGUUGUCUAUAUAUUUCUUCACUUUCCUUUCACAUGGUAGGGCAUGUUCAUAAGUUUCUUCACAUCACCCAUGACCCUGGUGGAAGAGGAUUCCUGUGAAUUCUUUACAAUUACAUAAGAUCUGGACACCUGUGUGUGUCUGUUUUUUCUUUCUUUUUUGGCUAUGCAUUAAUUGUUCCGGACAUUGAUAUCAUGGCAGCCACAUGUAGCAGCUUCUCUUAAAGAAGGGUUUAAUUCAAAUUUUAUUACUUUGGCAUGUUCGAAGAUUCUAAUAAAAAGAUGCAAUCACCAUA